AUGUCGAUAACAAAAGCCCUCGCGGUCUUUGCCCUCCUGGGCUCAUCUCUCGCCCUACCAGACGCAAGACACCAACAUCAUGUUCGUGCUUCAGCUUGCACACCAGUAGCAGGUGGAUCUGAUGAUACUCCCGCUAUCGCAGCGGCAAUUGCCAAAUGCGGCAAGGGAGGCACUAUCAUCAUCCCCGCCGGCAAAACCUACAACCUGAAUAGCCCUCUUGAUUUCGCAGGAUGCGCUGGCUGUGACUUCCAGUUGGAAGGCACCUUGAAAUUCAGCUCGUCCACAAAUGUCUGGAAGGGACAGACCGCAAUGAUCAACAUCAAAAAGAUCGAUGGACUUAAGAUCCGCUCUCUGUCAGGCAAAGGAGUCAUUGAUGGAAAUGGACAAGAGUCAUGGGACCUUUUCGCCAAAGACAGCAGCUACCGCCGUCCAACCCUGCUCUACAUCACCGGUGGCUCUAACAUCGAGAUCUCAAACAUCCACCAAAAGAACCCACCCAACGUCUUCAACUCGAUCAAGGGCAACACCAAGACGGCGAAGUUCCUCAAUCUGAAUAUGGACGCCACAUCCCAAAGCAAGAAUGAGCCGAAGAACACAGACGGCUUCGACAUCGGUGCCAGCACAGAUGUGACCAUCAGCAACGUCCACGUGAAGAACGACGAUGACUGCGUGGCCUUUAAGCCCGGCGCAGACGGCGUUAUUGUCAAAGACAUUACCUGCAUCGGAAGCCACGGACUAUCGGUGGGAUCCCUGGGAAAGACUGCGGAGGACUUCGUGAAGAAUGUGCAUGUGUCCGGCGCGAGGAUGGUUAAGUCGACCAAGGCGGUGGGGAUCAAGACAUAUCCCACUGGCAACGGCCACGCCAAGUCGACAGUGAGCAAUAUUACUUUCACGGAUAUUGUCGUUGAUGGGAGUGACUAUGCGAUUCAGAUCCAGAGUUGUUAUGGAGAGAAGGGUGAUUACUGUGUGAAGAAUCCUGGAGAUUCGGACUUGACGGGUAUCGUUUUCGACAAUAUUAGUGGUAAGACGAGUGGAAAGUAUAAAGCUGUUACGGGCAGUCUUUCUUGUGGAGCUCGUGGAACUUGCGAUGUCAAGGUUAGCGGCUAUACUGUUGUCGCGCCAACUGGGGGUAGCGAGGUGCAGUGUGCUAACACCCCGUCUAAAUUGGGGGUGAAGUGCACUGCAGGUGCCUCGGGCUGA